GGUUUUUUUUAACAAUAGUUGCCUCUCAUUAUACCUACUCAUAACAAUCAGUUCACUGGAAGUUUUGGAAUAAUCUUACCAAAGGACAAAAUCAUUGCAUUUUGGGACUCUUAAUUGAGCAGCAUUAAAAUACGACUUGAUGUCUAUUAUGAUGAUAUUUUUCUAAUUUCAAAUGAUUUUUUUUUAUGUUUUGUAGCCAGGAGAUGUUACUAAUUUCACAUUAUGGUCAGUCUUUAUUUCAGUAAUUUCUAAAUUUUCAUCAAAAAUGAGUAUGAGUUAAUUAUAAUGAUAGGUGAUUGUGAUGGUAGUCACUAGAGUCUGAUCUAUCUGUAACAUUAGUUAUAAAUCUGCUUAGCAUGGCAUACACCAUAUCAAGUGCUUGUUGUGAAUUCAUUUAAUUCAUUUGUUACCAAUGGAGAUUUAAUCAUUUGCCCAAACAAUUAGCAAAUUAAUCUACAUCUACAUGAAGAGCCUGUUAACUAAAAGGCCACACCACAAAUUAAUGUGUAACUGCUUGAAGCCAAGACAAUACUUCAAGGUUGAUUACACCAUUAAGUACCAGAUACAGCAGCCAAUUAGAAGAUAAAGCCAUGAAGAACAAUUGAAAGCUAAUGUUAUUGAACAUUUGACAGUACUGCUUUUUAUCUUCCUCCCUGCCACAGCUUACAUGUGUUGACACAAGAAAGUAUUUGUACAAAGGAUUAUGGGAAGAAGAAAAAAUAAAUAUUAUUAUCUAGCAGUGAUAGCUGUAUUGUUUUUCUUCACAAUAUGCACACUGCAUAACCAGCUUCAAGUGGAACUAUACAAAAGUCAUGUAGAAAUCCAAAAUGAGGCUGGUUACAUUGAAGACAAACUUGUUCAUUCAGAUUCUGUAACCAAAAAACCAGUUAUGGAUAAAAGAUCAAAUUUGUCUAAAACUAUCAUUUAUAAAGAUAAAAACAUUAUAAAGUAUAAAGAGGUCGUUUCAUCUUGUUUUCUUAGUCCAGAAACAAAUGAGCUUAAGUUUCAAACAGUAGCAGAAGACACAUUUUAUGUUUAUUCUGCCUAUUUGGAUAGAAGGCUACCUGAUCAUUACAUUAGGAUAAUGUCAUUAUUGAAUAGAAACUUAAACAAAAAUUUGGAUAUUGUCUGCUAUUUAAGAGGAGAUAACAAUGAAUACUAUCCAGUUACUGCCGUUAAAUAUGUAUUAGCUGAAAAUCAUGAUAAAAAAUAUGGAGGAUGGUUAAUAUCCUGUCCAAUACCGGAAGAUUUCUUUCCAUGUCAGGUGACUGUCAGUGCUAACCUAAAGGCAGAAAAUAAGACACUUAGAAUAAAUAACAUAACAAUGAAUUUAAUUGAUAUAAAUCCUGCUAAUGCUAGAUUUGACUAUACUGUAUGUGUUCCUCCUUUAUACGGAGAUUUUCUACCUCAUAAGCUGAUAGAGUUCAUGGAAUUUACAAAAUAUUUUGGUGCAGAAAAGUUUAUAAUUUACCAUCAUGAUAUUCAAAACCACAAAAGUAGAAAAGCUUUUAAAUAUUAUUCAGAUCAAGUGACAGUUAUUCAAUGGAAAUUACCGGGAGAAAUUGAUCUAAAAUUGAUUAAGAAUCACGGUCAGCCUCUAGCUCACAUGGAUUGUCUCUAUCGUGCUAUGAGUAUAACUGAUAAGUUAGUAAUCCAAGAUAUUGAUGAAUUAAUUGUUCCCCAUGACAAGAACUUAUUUUGGAAAGAAUCGCUUUCACCUUUAUUUAACAAAACUGUAAUAGGAAUCAGAAUACAGAGUGCGUUUUUCUACAAUUGUACGUCACAAGGAGAUGUUGUUGCACUUAGUUGUACAACUCGAACCCAAAUGUACAGCCGUUCAAGAACAAAAGUUAUAAUAAAACCAUCUGCUGUGUUGGAAGUUGGAAUUCAUCAUGUGAGUAAGCCUUUAGUUGAAGAAUACAGAGUUAUUGUUCCUGAUCCAUGGACAGUUUUACUUCAUCACUAUCGAAGAUGUUCAAAAAUGUUUGGAAUGAAUUGUAAAAAUUGGGUGAGGGAUGAAACCAUGAUACAAAAAUAUAGUGCUGUUAAAAAUAGGAUAUUACAAGUUAAACACAAAAUUUAAUAAAAUGUUUUAAUCCUA